AUGGGGCUUAGAAGUGCACGGCUAGCGAGAUCAUUCGCGUUAGUCUCGCUGCUGGCGACGCUUGCGAUGAUCGCGAUGCUGGUAACUGGAGCUGCGGCGCUGGAUGCAUGUCCUGACGACGAUUCUCUGGUGCGUGGAGAUGAAACCACUGGUGGUGCUCCACCAGGUGAUUCGUCAGGGUCAGGGGAAGGUUCACAGGAACCUUCGGAAGGAGGAGCAGGGGAAGGGGGAGAGGGAGGGAGUGAUGGGGGAAGCGGAGAGGAAGGGGGGAGUGGAGGGGAGGGGGGAAGCGGAGAGGAAGGGGGAAGCGGAGAGGAAGGGGGAAGCGGAGAAGAGGGGGGAAGCGGAGAAGAGGGGGGAAGCGGAGAGGAAGGGAAUGAGGGAGGAGGUGAUGAGGAGGGAGGGGAAGGUGGGGAGAGUGGAGGAGAUGGCUCAGACGACGGGGAUUCAGGUGAAUCUGAAGAAGAGCCUGAGACGCCCCCUCCCCCACCUCCACCUGAGAAGGAGCUCUCUCCCCUGGAGCAGAAAAAGAGGGAGUAUCAAAAGGCCGCUCAGGCAGCAGAGGCUGCGAAAGCCGACGCUGAAAAGGAGAAUGCGAUUGCCCUGCAGAGGGAGAAAGACGCAGAGGCAGCUCAAGCACGGGCUGACAAAAAGGCAAGAGAAGCCAAGACUUCUAGGGGUGGGGCGAGCGGGAAGAAGAGGCGGGAGGAGGCGAAGCAAGCGCAGAAAGAGGCAGACGCUGCGCGGGCUAGAGCGGACCAGGCGAGAGAGGAGGCAGAUGGGAAGGAGGAAGCUGCUGGGGAGGCUGCUAAUGCAGUGGAGGAGAAGCGGCAGGAGCUUGUGGAUGAAGCAGAGAGGAGCAAACCGGAGAUAGAGGAUAAGAAGAAGCGGGGGACGGCCCGGAAGAACGCGGCUCGGGCCGAACGAGACGCGGCUAAGGAGCAAAAGGAGGAGAAGAAGAGGACGUUUAGAGAGAGGGUGGCUGCGGCGCGGCUAGCCCUGAUGGCUGAAAAGGCCAGUGCUGCCGCGGCUGCUGCAGCAGAGAAGCAAGCGGCGGCGGAUAAAGCACUGGAGGCUAAGCAACAGGCGGAUGCUGAGGUGGACCGGCUGGUUUUAGCUAAGAGUCAGGCGGAGGAUGCGGCGAGGGAGGCCGGGGAAGCGCAGGGUGCGGCGGAGGCGGCGGCACGGGAAGCGGUGGACGCCGGUGAUGAGAGGUUGAGUGCGGUGAAGUGGGCAGAGGCUGCGGAUGCGCUGGGGCUGAAGUGGGAGAAGCAGACCGAGGUGGAGCGAGUGAAGCGGGCUUUGGUUGCGGCUAAGGCAGUAGCAAAGCUAGCUGCCAAGGAGGCUGUGCUGAGGCAGCAGGCGGCUGCUCGGGCGGCGAGUGAGGCGCAGAAAGUGGGCGGCAAAGUGGGUGGGGGUGGGGAGGGUGGUGGCACUGGUGGUGAUGGUGGUGGUGGUGAUGGUGGUGGUGGUGGUGAUGGUGAUGGUGGUGGUGAUGGUGGUGGUGGUGAUGGUGGUGGUGAUGGUGGUGGUGGUGAUGGUGGUGGUGAUGGUGGGUCUACUGAUUCAGGAAGCGGCACAAGCGAGGGUGGGUCUACAGACACAAGUGGUGCUACCAGUGCAGGAUUGACAAAAAAGAGUGUUGCAUCAUCUGACCCUGGGUUAGGUGUAGGAAAUAAAGUGGCCUUUACUGAUGGUGUUGUUGGGAGUGGUGGUGGCAACAAGAAAGGUAACACAAAAAACAGAAAGGUGGAUGUGGGGGGCUGA